UCAUUUUUCUCUACAAUUUCAGAGCAGCUGAGAUCCUUUACUCCUUGGCUUUGAUACAGUCCCAUAAAUACAACAAGAUGAGUGUAUUUCCUUCAGUGGAUAACUAUAAAUUGCUGACAGAAGCUAGGAGGAACCUUGGACUCUUUCAGCAUCAUGAUGCUAUUACAGGAACAUCAAAAGAUUGGGUAGUUGUGGAUUAUGGCACUAGGCUUUUCCAUUCUCUAAUGAACUUGAAGAAAGUGAUAAUUGACUCUGCUCACAUUCUUAUCCUGAAGGAUAAAGGUGCUUAUAAUUAUGAUAUAUCAACUCCAUUCCUUAAGAUGGAUGAUGUUCAGUCUUCCCAAGAUUCCUUGCCGCACAAGACAGUUAUAAAGCUGACAGCACAACCAAGGUAAAUAAUUCAUAUGUUAUUUAGUGU